CAGAAGCGCGUUCAAUAUUUUUUGAUAAAUCUUGAGUGUUUACAAUAAGUUGGUAAUUUAGAUCAAGUGUAGAAUAUGGUGGCUGAUAAUCCCGAUGAAAUUGAUCCUGCCGUUUUGGCAUUAAUAAAGGAUAUUAAUUACGGAAAAAUCCAUGGAAGUUAUAAUAUUGUUGUUUCUACUGUGUUGCUGUUAAAAAAACUCAUCACAAGUUCAAAAUGGAAUACAGCCGAGCAAGUAAUGGAGCUAAUAAGAAAAAAUGGAAAAGUCUUGAUUGAUUCCAUACCACUGGAAGCUUCUAUAGGCAAUAUGAUCCGUAGAAUAUUGAAGAUUAUACGAGAAGAGUACAUCUCAGAAUUGAAAAAUAGAACUGAUGAAACUGACCCCCAAGAAUCGCUCCACAAAAUCAUUACUGCUGAAGGGGAUCAGGAGAACGACUUCUCUCAUUCUUUACCUUCUCUAAAAUCUGCUCUCAUCGAACACAUCACAGAGUUUGAAGUUGAACUUGAAACAUGCUCUGGAAACAUCACCCAACAAGCAUCGAAACACAUCCAUUCUAACGAAAUUAUCAUGACAUUGGGAAAGUCUAGACUCGUUGAGGACUUCCUUAAGCAGGCGGUUUCAAGUAGAACGUUCGAAGUAAUUGUUGCUGAAGGUGGACCAUUCCUCAAUGGGCACGAGAUGGCAGCAAAUUUGGCAAAAGCAAGCAUAAAGACGACUCUAAUAUCUGACGUAGCUAUAUUCGCUAUGAUGUCUCGUGUGAAUAAAGUCAUAAUUGGAACACAUACAGUGAUGGCUAAUGGAGGGCUUAGAUCAAUAACUGGAUCUCACACAGUUGCGCAAGCAGCAAAACAUUACUCUGUACCAGUUAUGGUCUUACUACCCCUUUAUAAACUCUCACCUCUAUAUCUCUGUUCGUACGAACAAGAUGCAUUCAACAAACAUGUGUCACCAACGCAAGGGGUCAUAGACGGCACCAAUGCUCCACUGAUGGAAAAAAUUCAAGCUUAUAAUCCAGUCUUUGACUACGUUCCACCUGAACUGGUGACUCUGUUCAUUACUAAUACUGGAGGAAAUGCACCGUCUUAUAUCUACAGAUUAUUAAGCGAACUAUACCAUCCUGACGACUUUGAAUUGUAGUGAAUGAAGAUACUGAAAUUUAGCGUCACGGGAUUCAACCAUCUAUCGAUGAACAGAUUUACAGAGGAUGGGAUAACAAGAAAGGAACAAAAGGUCCAAAACUAAAAACCUGAAAAAAAUCCAAUGCGUAUCAGAAAUUUUUUGUAUUAAAUUUAUGCAUCACAGUAGUAUAGUAACAUUCAUAUUUGUAAUUGAUAUUCUCACGCUUACAUACUUCAGUGGUUUAAUCUGUCAACAAUAUUCCUAAUGUCAGAUAAAGUUACAUUUGACAAAGAAUCUCAAAAUCGAACUGUGUGUCCCAAAUCAUUAUUUUAUCUGAAAUUAGAAUCACUUCAAGUCUAAUAUGAAGCGCAGACGCAUUAAUAACUUAUGUGUAAUAUAUAUUUAUAUAUAUAUAAUAUAAUCAUAUGUAUAAUUAGUUAAUACUUAGUAAUAAUGUAGCAUAAUUUACCCUAAAUUCUAUAAUCAGACGUAUGGACUCCAAUUACUUCCAUCUUCUGGUUGUAAGGAAUUUGUUACUAAUAAGAUAACAU